AUGCGCAUCCGCUGGCGGAUCUGGAGGGGCAGCGGUUCGCAGAAGCCGCCACCAAUUAAUUUGUCCAGUUUUGAUAAACCUUCACCCGCAUUCGGUGCGCCCUAUCGCGCGUAUUAUUGUCGUUAUCGGCGCUGGGACGCCAUUCGCCGCCAUUUGGCAACAGAGGCCGUUAUCAUGGCGACCGUGGAAAAGACCGAGCGGCUAGACAGCCGAACCCGCGCCGCCGCAGACUCACCGGCACCUCACGUUCCAUUACAAUUGCAGAGCGGCAACGCUUCACGCUACAACGGCCUUUGGGGUCAACAGACGUGUGUUAUUGUUGCCACCGGCUCAAGGUCGACACACGCGCUAUCAGUUACUGCGGACGCGACACUUGCGUAUUGUGUGUGGCACAUCCUU